UCAAGCUGAAUGAGAGAAAGGAGCUGUUGGUUGAAUCCAUUCAUAGCUAAAGAGGGUUUUUUGGGGGGGAUACCUAGCUACAUAAAUGCACGAAGGGCAUAAAUUUUACCCACUGUGGAGCUGGCUGACAUCUCUAUCGAAUUCUUGUUGAUUUCUGUAACCUCUGUCUAAGGAAGAAGGCUUGUUUACAACACUUACCAUAAACCUUUGUGCUGAUUCACUGGAAGAAAGCAGAGCUAAUGGAAGUAGUGGUUCUCUUUGGAAUUGAUUUAUUGUAGUCUGUUGAGGUAAAUAUAAAGAAGAUAUAGUUGCAACACUACCAGCCAAAAGAACAUCAUCACCUAUGAGAGAAAUUUAAAUGAGAUAUCCAGUUUCUGCUGAAAUCAUGGGAUGUGGCACUUCUGUUUCCAGGAAUCAAGUGAACAAAUCAGAAAGAGCCAUUAAAGCAGCCAUCCUCAUUCAAAGGUGGUUUCGCUCUUACAUGGCCCGGCUGGAGAUGAGGCGGCGAUAUGCACUAAGCAUUUUUCAGUCGAUUGAAUAUGCUGAAGAACAAGCACAGCUGCAGCUGUCCAAUUUCUUCACAUUCAUGCUGGACCAUUUUGCUCAGGCUAAUGAGAAUGAUCCAGACAUGAGCUCUCACUUUUAUUCCACCACCAUGGAUCACGAUAUAGAGGGUUCUGACCUUGCCAUGAUAGAAUAUCAAAGGACGGUAGAAGUGCCAGACUCCUACUACGGACCUCGCCUUUGUUUUCCCCUCACUGUUGCUGACACUGACUUGCUUCUUCAAGCUUUCAAGCAUCGACAGCACCUUCAUGCCCGCUAUGUGCUUCAGCUCUUGCAUGAGACCAGGAAAGUCCUUCAGCAGAUGCCGAACAUCACUCAGGUGUCAACCUCUUACGCGAAGGAAAUAACCAUCUGUGGUGAUUUGCAUGGAAAGUUGGAUGAUCUGCUGCUGAUUUUCUACAAAAAUGGCCUUCCCUCAGAAGAAAACCCCUACAUUUUUAAUGGUGACUUUGUUGACAGGGGGAAAAAUUCCACAGAAAUACUCAUAAUCCUAUUUGCAUUCCUUCUUGUCUACCCUAACCAUUUGCACUUGAAUCGCGGAAACCAUGAGGACCACAUCAUGAAUCUUAGGUAUGGUUUCACAAAAGAAGUUAUGAAGAAGUACAGGAGCUAUGGUAAAACAAUUCUGCAUCUUCUACAAGAUGUCUUCAGCUGGCUUCCACUUGCAACACUAAUUGAUGGUAAAGUUCUUAUCUUACAUGGUGGGAUAUCAGACUCUACUGACCUGAAUUUCCUGAAAGUAUUUCAAAGAAACAAGCUCAAGUCUGUGGUGAGACCACGGAAGUCAAAUGCAGAGACACGGAAAGCUAGUCUUAUCAAAGACACCUCCCAUCUAAUGGAAGCCAAGGAGUGCCAUUCUGAGCAGCACAAGUCCAGCAAAGAACCCAGGACUACCUCAGCUUCUAGCAAGCGAAGACCACAUAGCCUGGAUCUGGAUAAUGCUGAAGAGCAUGUGGGCGGCAUCUGUGACACAAACAGUUCAAACUCCCUUGGAGAAAUGCAACAUCUCAAACUUGGCAGUGUUACCACAUCAUGCAGAUCUUCAGAGUUAACAACAGAGGAAUGGAAGCAAGUGAUGGAUAUUCUGUGGAGUGAUCCUAGACAUCAACAUGGUUGUACACCAAACAAACUUCGAGGAGGAGGUUGCUACUUUGGACCAGAUGUUACCACCCGGUUGCUAAAACGUUAUAAUUUGAAAAUGAUCAUCAGAUCACAUGAAUGCAAACAAGAAGGCUAUGAGAUCAGCCAUAAUGGAAAGGUUAUCACUAUUUUUUCGGCAUCAAACUACUAUGAAGAGGGAAGUAACCGUGGAGCUUACAUAAAACUAAAUCCAGAUCUGAUUCCCCGUUUUGUUCAAGUCAGCAAAUCUACACGUAAACAAACGCUUCAUCAGAGAGUGACUGCAAUUGAGCUGUCUGCCUUAAAGUGUUUGCGAGAGAAAGUGUUUGCACAUAAAUCAGAACUGAUUGCGGCUUUUAGACAGUAUGAUCCAAACUGUACAGGAAGGAUUUCUGUCAGCGAGUGGGCUUCAGCAAUCGAGUCUGUUCUACAGCUUGACCUCCCCUGGAGAACUCUGCGUUCCCGGCUGGUUUAUCUGGCUCAGGAUGGAAGUGUUGAAUACCUUUCAUCUUUUGACGAUUUGGAAAUCAAAUUACCCAUCAAGGAGGUGCAGCCAUUUUUGGUGGAAACCCUGUGUAGAUAUAAAACUGAUUUGGAGAUAAUCUUUAAUCUGAUUGACAGAGAUCAUUCAGGUCUUAUCUCUAUUGAUGAAUUCCGCCAAACAUGGAAGCUCUUUAACCUGCACCUGAGAAUUGACACGGAUGAUGAAUCCAUUGACAACUUGGCUCGUAACAUUGAUUUCAACAAAGACGGUAGCAUUGACUUCAAUGAAUUUCUGGAAGCUUUUCAUGUGGUCCAUAAAUUUGAGAAUAGGCACAGUGACUAAAGAAGCCGGAUUCCUGGCAAGGAUUUUUUUUCCUGCUGUCACAUUUUGAUGCUGAAUUCCCUAAUUAAAUGUUUGCUACCUUAACGUCGAUUAGAAGGAACAGCAUUCCUGGAUGACAGAGAUGCUGGAGAAGCAGUGCUUUAUUGUAUGUGAAGACCAUGCUAUGCCAGAAUGUUGACAAUGAAAGACAUACGGGCUGAUGGGAUGAUAAGGUAAAAAAAAAAAACACCUUACAACUCUUUUCAGCAACUGUAGCAGUGCCAAAUUGAGCAUCUCAGGGUUUUCUCAUUGGACACAAUGUUUUCCCUAUGCACGUGUCAAAGAAAACAACCAUGUUAGACUAUCAAAUGUAAAUAGUGUCUUACUAGUGUGUAUCUUCAGUGGAGCACAUUAGGCACUCUCUCUUUGUAUAUAUAUAUAUAUUUGUGUAAAAGUGUCCCCCUGCACCACCAGUUGUACAGGAAUUUUCUCUGCACCAGGAUACAUCCUUGUGAGUCAAACAGCUUUACUUCUUCUCUUAGAAGCUGCGGUCAUUGAGAAACAGCAAACAAAUUGUUAUUUAUUUAUGCAUUAUCUAUUUUAUUCUGUAUACCAUUCAAUUAGAUGAACUCUCACAAUGGUUUACCGAAUAUACUUCAAAAUAAAUAACAAUCUAAAAACAACUUUGCCUGUCAUA